AUGGAGGAAGGGGCCAUGAGCCAAGGAGAGCAGGCAGCUACUAAAAGCCAAGAGCAGUUUGCCUCCAGAAGCUUCCAAGAGGAAAGCAGCCCUCUAACACCUCGACUUAGAUUUUUGACCAUCAGAACCAUGAGAGAGUUCUCCCCAGAAUCCUUGUGCAUGGCCUCAGUGCGAUCCUUCAUGAUGGUGAACAGCUCUGGGAGGGCCUCUGGCCAGAAAGCCCACCUUCUCCUGCCGACCCUGAAGGAGAAUGACACCCACUGCAUUGAUUUCCAUUACUACUUCUCGAGCCGAGACAGGUCCAGCCCAGGGGCCUUGAAUGUCUACGUGAAGGUCAAUGGCGGGCCCCAGGGGAACCCCGUCUGGAACGUGUCUGGGGUUGUCACCGAGGGCUGGGUGAAGGCAGAACUUGCCAUCAGCACCUUUUGGCCGCAUUUCUACCAGGUGAUAUUUGAAUCUGUCUCUUUGAAGGGUCAUCCUGGCUACAUCGCUGUGGACGAGGUCCGGGUCCUUGCUCAUCCGUGCCGAAAAGCACCUCACUUUCUGCGGCUCCAAAAUGUCGAGGUGAAUGUGGGGCAGAAUGCCACGUUUCAGUGCAUUGCUGGCGGAAAGUGGUCUCAGCACGACAAACUUUGGCUCCAGCAGUGGAACGGCAGGGACACGGCCCUCAUGGUCACCCGCGUGGUCAACCACAGGCGCUUCUCGGCCACGGUCAGUGUGGCAGACACUGCCCAGCGGAGUGUGAGCAAGUACCGCUGUGUGAUCCGCUCCGAUGGGGGCUCUGGUGUGUCCAACUACGCUGAGCUGAUUGUGAAAGAGCCUCCCACGCCCAUUGCCCCACCAGAGCUGCUGGCCGUGGGGGCCACCUACCUGUGGAUCAAGCCGAAUGCCAACUCCAUCAUUGGGGACGGCCCCAUCAUCCUGAAGGAGGUGGAGUAUCGCACCACCACGGGCACCUGGGCGGAGACCCACAUCGUCGACUCACCCAACUAUAAGCUGUGGCAUCUGGACCCCGAUGUGGAGUAUGAGAUCCGGGUGCUACUCACACGGCCAGGGGAAGGGGGCACAGGACCUCCGGGGCCUCCCCUCACCACCAGGACCAAGUGUGCAGAGAACUGGGCCACCUGGAAGGUGAAGUAUAGUCAGUCAACAAACAUAUCCGGGAAACACUCCCUCGUCCCUCUUGACUUUGAAGGUUGA